AUGAUCUCCGCCGUGUCCAGCCCGUGGCUCACGCAGCUCUCGCACUUCUGCGACGUUGCAGCCUUCACGGCCAGCAGCCUGAGCGGCCUGGGGGCGGCAGGGGGCUUCCCGGGCGCCGCGUCGCCCGGCGCCGGCCCGUACGGCGCGCGCGAGCCCCCGCCGCCGCGCUACGAGCCGUGCUCCGCCGCCGCGCCGGGCGCCCCGGGCCCGCCGCACGCCUACCCGUUCGCGCCGGCCGCCGGGGCUGCCAGCAGCGCCGCGGAGCCCGAGGGCCCCGGGUCCAGCUGCGUGGCCGCCGCCAAGGCGCCGGUGAAGAAGAACGCGAAGGUGGCCAGCGUGAGCGUGCAGCUGGAGAUGAAGGCGCUGUGGGACGAGUUCAACCAGCUGGGCACCGAGAUGAUCGUCACCAAGGCCGGCAGGCGCAUGUUCCCCACCUUCCAAGUGAAGCUGUUCGGCAUGGACCCCAUGGCUGACUACAUGCUGCUCAUGGACUUUGUGCCUGUGGACGACAAGCGCUACCGGUACGCCUUCCACAGCUCGUCCUGGCUGGUGGCCGGGAAGGCAGACCCCGCCACGCCGGGCCGUGUCCACUACCACCCCGACUCGCCGGCCAAGGGGGCCCAGUGGAUGAAGCAGAUCGUCUCCUUCGACAAGCUCAAGCUGACCAACAACCUGCUGGACGACAACGGGCAUAUCAUUCUCAACUCCAUGCACAGAUACCAGCCGCGCUUCCACGUGGUCUACGUGGACCCACGCAAAGACAGCGAGAAGUACGCGGAGGAGAACUUCAAAACCUUCGUGUUUGAGGAGACGCGCUUCACCGCGGUCACUGCCUACCAGAACCACCGGAUCACGCAGCUCAAGAUCGCCAGUAACCCCUUCGCCAAAGGCUUCCGAGACUGCGACCCCGAGGACUGGCCCCGGAACCACCGGCCCGGCGCGCUGCCGCUCAUGAGCGCGUUCGCCCGCUCGCGCAACCCCGUGGCCUCCCCCACGCAGCCCAACGGCGCGGAGAAAGACACGGCCGAGGCCCGGCGAGAGUUCGAGCGCGACGCGGGCGGCCCGGCGGGGCUCGGGGACCCUGCGCACCCGCCGCAGCUGCUGGCGCGGGUGCUCAGCCCCGCGCUGCCCGGGCCCGGGGUCCCGCUGCCCGGCGCGCCCGGAGGCCGGCCCAGCCCCCCGCACCCCGAGCUGCGCCUGGAGGCGCCCGGCGCGUCGGAGCCGCUGCACCACCACCCCUACAAGUACCCGGCCGCCGCCUACGACCACUACCUCGGGGCCAAGAGCCGGCCGGCGCCCUACCCGCUGCCCGGCCUGCGUGGCCACGGCUUCCACGCGCACCCGCACGCGCACCCGCACCACCACCCGGCUGUGAGCCCCGCCGCCGCCGCCGCCGCGGCCGCUGCGGCCGCCGCGGCCGCCAGCAUGUACUCGUCGGCCGGGGCCGCGCCGCCGGGCUCCUACGAUUACUGCCCCAGAUAG